AUGACAGUUAAUGACAUUCCUCAGCAAACAAAGGAAGAUAUUAAUAAGACAGUGGAGUAUCUAAGACAAUACGGUCCUGAAUUCUUAGAAAAGUUGAGAGGAGAUGUCAGAUUUGAGUUUAUAGAAGAGAACUCUCCAUAUCACAGUUAUUUUAUUAGCCAGUACCAAGACAACAAUAAUAGUCAUCUACCAGAUAGUGUUUUGUCGAGCAACGGGGAGGCUGAUGAGGAGGGAAAAGAAGUUGAAGAGCCAUAUGAAUUCAGGUUUUCAAGAUAUUCAAGAUCAUUAACUAAAAGAGAUUUUGAAAUAAUACGACAAGUAGCAUUACUUUGUGCAAUUAAUGAAGACGUCAAAUAUCUGGACAAGAUCAGACAAGCAUACGGAAGUGAUGAAAAACUGUCUUUCUUGAAUAAACAGCAUCCUUUGAAUUCUGUUUUUUUUGAUUUGUUGCAACAGUAUAAAUUAAUCAUAAAACAGGAUAUUAUUCCACCUGCAAUAGCCUUUCCUAAGAAUAAUAAAAAAAAUAAGAAGCAUAUUGAUCUGAAACAGAUUGUAUUAGAUAGAUGUUUUAGGAGAGCGGAAUAUGCUGAAUACACUAAGAAGUUACAGGAUGUGAAGCAUAAAAUAGCUCAUGAGCGCAAGAUACACUUUGCGGCAAUCAAAUGGACAGAAUUCAAGGUUAUUGCAUCCAUGGCUAAGCUGCAUAGAGAACCAAAACCAGCCAUUAAAUUUAAUGAACUCAUAAUAUCAACAAUAGAUGGCAAAAAUUCAGCAUUAUCUGUAUUUGACACUGCCACAGGGAAAGAAAUACCUUUAUUAGAGCAACGGGAAGAAGCAAGUGCUGAAAAGAAGACUAAUAAGAAGAAAAUGAAGAUAAGAGCUGCUGGUGAAACAAGACUGAAUAAGCGUAAGGCCUCAGAAGCCCCUAGUGAUGAUCAUCCAGCUGAAAAGAAGGGGAAGAGAAUGGUUAGAUGUCCAAUAACCAACAACCUUAUCGAAGAGGAUAAAUUUGAUCAGCAUAUCCGUACCAUCUUGAAUGACCCUACGAUAUACGCUGAAGAGAAAAAGAAAUAUAAGCAAUCGCACAGUCUAUCAAAUUUAACAUCUGAUGAGGUAUAUCAAAAUAUUAAACGAUUAGUGAAAAGAUAA